GAAAAUUGGGUGGAGAGAACCAAGGAGAGAGGGGAGAACUGGACGAGUGGAUUCAGAGCAGGGGGAGUGAGUGCUGAGUUCGGUGGCGGCGGAGGCCUGUGUGACAGCAGUUGCGGCCCGAGCGUCUUCUGCCGUGUUACUGAGCCCGGGGCCCGAUGUCGGUGAUGAGAGGACGUAGUGUCCAGUGAGACGCCACGGACUGUAGAGCGCCACCAUGAGGCAGACGGUGGAGAUGAAUGUGCGCGGUGCAUUGCUGGCGCUCCUCGUGGCCUCAGCUUGGGCGCUACUGCCGAGUGACCCUGCCGAGCCGAGCCGGGACUGGGGGCAGCAGCUGGAGGCCUCCAUGCAGUCCCUCUUCCCUGACAUCAAAGAGACGGCGGCGCCAGUGAGCGGCAUCCCCGACAGCUCCGCCAUGGUGGGCCGGGCCUUCAGCAUCGCCAUCCCGGGGCAUCUGCUGCCCUCCCAGGGGGAGUCCGUCAAGAUUGUCGAGGUGGGGAAGGAGACGCUACCCUCGUGGCUGCACUGGGAGGAGGGCGAUGUUCUGGAGGGGCUGCCGCUGGACACCGACAGAGGCGUGUGCGACGUGUCUCUCACCACCUUCCACCUGGCUCCUAACGGUUCCUCCAUCCCACAAGCCUCCGAUGUUUUCUCCAUUGAGGUUCAUCCUGAGGACCACAGUGAACCGCAGUCCCUCCGGCUGGCUGGGCCCGAAUCCAGCGACGUCUCGUCCUUUCUUUGUGGCACCGAUGAGCCCGUUACCAUCCUGACAGUCAUCUUAGAUGCUGAUCUGACAAAAAUGAGCCCAAAGCAGAGAGUGGACCUUCUGAGGAGCAUGAGGGACUUUUCAGAGGUGGAGCUCUAUCAGAUGAAGCUGGUUCCUGUGGUUAAUAACAGACUCUUCGACAUGUCUGCCUUCAUGGCUGGGCCUGGAAACGCCAAGAAAGUUGUAGAAAAUGGCGCACUACUGUCCUGGAAAGUCGGCUGCUCCAUGGAUCAAAAUAGUGUUCCAAACAUCAGAUCGGUGGAGGUUCCUGCAAAGGAAGGGACCAUGUCUGCCCGGCUUGGUUACCCAGUUGUCGGCUGGCACAUUGCCAACAAGAAGCCUCCCGUGCCUAAACGGAUCCGGAGGCAGAUUUAUACCACUCCAACCCCUGUGACUGCAGUUGGGCCUCCCACCACUGCCGCUCAUGAGCCACCAGUAAGAAUUGUCCCAACUCCAACUUCACCAGCUAUAGCAGGUCCAACUGAUACGACUGCCCCUCCCGUGCGUGAGCCUAUCCCUCUUCCUGGGAAACCAACCAUUACCAUUAGGACCAGAGGGCAGAUUAUGCACACACCAACUCUAAGCAUUGUCCAUCCUACAAAGGUGGAGCCCACCAGUGUCUUUCCUGGCCAUAUUGCUCCAACAACGACUAGGCUGUUAUAUAUAGAGCCAACAGUGACCGUGACGCCUCCUUCUGCCACUACAAAAAAGCCAAAGUCUACCCUGAAACCAGCUACCACUCCAAGUACUGACUCAUCCACAACCUCCACCAAAAAACCCACCAGAAGAACCAAACCUCCCAAAACGAGACCUCCAGAUACAAAGACGCCACCAACCAAGAUCGAGACAACUACCCCGAGCCGCCCACGUACCUCUACCAGCAGCAUACCACGUAUAUAUAACACAGAACCCGAGCUCAAGAACCACGUGGAUAAAGUUGUGGCUUGGGUGGGAACUUAUUUUGAAGUUAAAAUCCCGCCUGACACGUUCUACGACAAAGAAGAUGGUACCACAGAUAACCUUAGACUUACACUGGAGCCUAGAAAGAGUGCAAGUCCUCGAGAGAAGAUGUGGGUGAUCCUCAACAGCACAAGUCAAGUCAUGUACGGCAUGCCCGACCUUCGUCACGUUGGGGAUCACGAGUACUACUUGAAAGCCACAGAUAAGGGCGGCCUCACCGCUGUAGAUGCCCUUGAAAUCCAAGUCCGUAACUUGUUCCUCAAGGAGCCCUCUCCUGUUAAAUUUACUGGCAAGUUCCAUGGCGACCAUAACUCGGUCAUCGCUGACAUCAAUAAGAAGAUCCAACUGGUGAAGAAACUUGGCUUUGCCUUUGGUGACCGGAAUAGCAGCUCCAUCACGGUGCAGAACAUCACACGGGGCUCCAUCGUGGUGGAGUGGACCAAUAACUCCCUGCCUGUCGAUCGGUGCCCAAAAGAACAAAUUGAGGUGAUUGGCAGGAAAAUCUAUGAUGAGCAAGGCCAGACCAGACAACACUUCAUCACUGCCAUGGAGCCCGACUUCAGACUGGAGGACAUCUCCAUAUCCCUGGCCGGGAGCUGCCGACACAUGCACAGGAUUUUUGCGAUCCCGUUAACCCCAGAAGAACGGGUUGUCACUGCAGUUGCCCCGACCAUAGCUGCUGACAGAAAUCCUGAAAAGAGCAGUGAGGAUGAUGUCUACCUUCACACGGUGAUCCCUGCCGUAGUGGUGGCCGCCAUUUUGCUGAUUGCAGGUAUAAUAGCAAUGAUUUGUUAUCGGAAGAAGAGGAAAGGCAAGCUGACCAUCGAGGACCAGGCAACCUUCAUCAAGAAGGGCGUUCCCAUCAUAUUUGCCGAUGAACUGGAUGACUCCAAGCCGCCUCCUUCCUCUAGUAUGCCAUUGAUCCUCAAGGAGGAGAAGGCCCCCCUGCCCCCUCCCGAGUAUCCCAACCAGAAUGUGCCAGAGACCAUCCCCCUAAACCACGACACUCUGGGGGAAUACACACCGCUUAGGGAUGAGGACCCGAACGCUCCCCCUUACCAGCCUCCCCCACCUUUCACAGCACCCAUGGAGGGGAAAGGGUCUCGCCCUAAAAACAUGACCCCUUACCGAUCCCCACCCCCUUAUGUGCCACCUUAAUGAGCGCCGUCCUCGGUGAGGGGCGGAUCAGGGCGGUCUGUUCCAUACAGGGCUUGGUAGCCUGCAAUCGACUGUCGCCAUGACAGAAAGCCGUUUUCUAGAGACUUGAGGAGACCCCGCUCCCUCAGCCGCCAACCUAGGACAUCACCAUUCUCAUGUUUGUGUUGAUACACGUGCGCCCACGUCUAGAUUGCAGGCAGAGACGCUAACAAGCGCAGGAAUCGGUGGACGUCCCUGAGCCCGCCCCCGGCGUGGCCUCCAGUCCUCUGCUGUUUUUGCCUUUAACACUAACUGUAUUUUAUUUUUCUUCUAUCACGUGUGUCUAGCGCCAUAACAGAAGCGGACGAGACGCCGUCCGGAGAACUCGCUGACUUUUUUAUGUUUUUACAUUUUAAUCCACUGUAAUAGGGAUGAUUACUGUCAGAAUAACCCGCCCUCCGCUGUGCCACACCUGCUACCGCCGAUUGUUGCAGAGGGGCGCCUGUCAUUCGGGACGCCCCUUCUCCUGUUGUGCCCUGCGGGGGGUGGUUUUAUGUAAAGAUGCAAUAUUUUUCUGUAGUUGAUUUCCUCCUGACUGGUUCCAGCUUAAUCUCGGCUUCUCUGCCCAUCAGUAAAGUCUGCGAGCGCCCUGGCGCCGCUGAUCCGGUAUGGUGCUGUCCCGAGACUCCACUUAUUGCUCUUUUUUUUAACAAAAAGUUUUGAUACAACC